CCAGUCCGGUCCCUGCCCGGCCCCUUGAUUCUCCGCGUCUUCCUCGCAGGCCAGCCUAGACUCAGCCUGCAUUGCGCCCUCCCGACCUAGGGUGUCGCUGUACCAGGCUCCGAGCUCCACACAGACAAGUCCAGAGCUCGGGCGGGGGCAGGAGACGGAGCUGAGCGGCGGGGGGCGGUGUCGCCUUGGUCUAGGGACGGCGGCGAAGUCGGUGGUCCCUGCGCGAUGGCCACCUCGGUGUUGUGCUGCCUGCGGUGCUGCAGAGACGGCGGGACUGGCCACAUCCCUCUGAAGGAGAUGCCGGCCGUGCAGCUGGACACGCAGCACAUGGAGAUGGGGUUUUGCAAGGUUGCCCAGGCUGGUCUUGACUUCCUGCACUCAAGCAGUCUGCCCACCUCAGCCUUCCAAAGUGCUGGGAUUACAGGAACAGAUGUUGUUAUUGUAAAGAAUGGAAGAAGAAUAUGUGGAACAGGAGGUUGUUUAGCCAGCGCACCUUUACAUCAAAACAAAAGCUAUUUUGAAUUCAAAAUCCAGUCCACAGGAAUCUGGGGUAUUGGUGUUGCAACUCAGAAGGUUAACUUGAAUCAGAUUCCUCUUGGCCGAGAUGUGCACAGUCUGGUGAUGAGAAAUGAUGGAGCCCUUUACCACAACAAUGAAGAGAAAAAUAGGCUGCCAGCAAACAGUCUUCCACAGGAAGGAGAUGUGGUGGGUAUUACUUAUGACCAUGUCGAAUUAAAUGUAUACUUGAAUGGAAAAAACAUGCAUUGUCCAGCAUCAGGAAUACGAGGGACAGUGUAUCCAGUUGUUUAUGAAAGAAAAAGACUGCAUAACACUGAAGAAGUGUGGUUACAAAGUUAUGACUUCCUGGCUGGGCGCAGUGGCUCACGCCUGUAAUCCCAGCACUUUGGGAGGCCGAGGCAGGCGGAUCACGAGGUCAGGAGAUCGAGACCAUCCUGGCUAAUAGGGUGAAACCCCAUCUCUACUAAAAAUACAAAAAAUUAGCUGGGCGUGGUGGCGGGUGCCUGUGGUCCCAGCUACUCGGGAGGCUGAGGCAGGAGAAUAGCAUGAACCCGGGAGGCAGAGCUUGCAGUGAGCCGAGAUCGUGCCACUGCACUCCAGCCUGGGUGACAGAGCGAGACUCUGUCUCAAAAAAAAAAAAACAAGGUUAUGACUUCUAGCCUCAUCUGAGCUCUCAAUAAUUUUCAGCAAUUCUUUGUGCAUGUCUAUGCAUUCUGUGCUUCUUGCAUUCUCUAUUCAUCCUCUGAAAAUGCCUUGCCUUCUACCUUACAAAAAAAACAGGCAAUCACAAGUGAACUCCAGCUUCCCUCUCUUCAAGUCCAAUCCUGCCUUCUUUCCAUCUCAUCUCAGAAGUGGUACUCUGCAUGUUGCAAACACUCUAUCUGUAGUCUGGGUUCCAAACUCCCCAACUCUGGAACGUCACUUUGUCAGUUAUUUCAUCGAUAUCUCAUGUCAUGGGCCUCCCUCUUCAGUGCUUAUAAACAUUCUAAGUCCCAUCCCAGACGCCCUUCUUUGGGCAUGCAUCCCUCACUAGUCCUGUGUUUCCCCUUCCCUGGAUGGCCACAUUUCUUCUAGAAUAACCUAUAUCUGCCAUCUUUAUUGUUUUUCUUUCUUUUUUUUUUUUUAACAUUUAGGUUCGGGGGUACAUGUGAAGGUUUGUUACACAGGUAAACUGGUGUCAUGGGGGGGUUUGUUGUAUAGAUUACUUGACUAGCUCAGGGGUAGAGCAUUUGACACCUUUAUUAUUGUUUGUUUGUUCUGCAACCCAGUCCAGCUGCCAUUACACCACUCAUUGAAACCACCCUUGCUAAAAUCACUGGUGACUUCAUGAAUGUCAAAUCCAGUAUUUACAUUUUUUUCUGCAUUUAUGCUGAAAUAUAAAGUAUAUAGUAAUGUGCAUUAAACUUAUAUGUGCAAUUUAACAAAUAGCUAUCAAGUGAACACUCACAUUAUUACCACUUAGAUCAAGAAAUAGAACAUUUUCUUGGCCCAGAUGCAGCCCGCACCACAGCUGCAUUCCUCACCCAGGGGGAGUAAUCACUAUUGGAUGGCAGUGCUAGUUGUUUACUUGCUUUGCUUUACGGUCAUGUUUUGUUUUGUCAUCACCAGGGCCAAGGUAAUGAACAUAUUCACCACCCCAAAGGUUUCCUUCUGCCUCUUAUAUCCUACUCACUUCUCCCUACCCCAGCCCCAACCAAACAACCACUGAUUUGCUUUCUGUCACUACAGAUUAGCCCAUAUUUUCUAGAGUAUUAUAUUAACAAAAUAAUAUGGUCUUUUCUUUUGGUCUGGCUUCUUUCACUCAGCACAAUUAUUUGAAGAUUCAUUUAUGCUAUAGCAUGUAUCAAUAAUUCAUCAGUUUUUAUUGCUGAGAAGUGUAGCAUUGUGUGGAUAUAUCACAAUUUCUUAGGGUUGUUUCCAGUGUGGGGCUAUUACAAAUAAAGCUAUUGUGAACAUUUGAAAAUAUGUCUUUGGAUAUACACAUUCAUUUCUCUUGAGUAAAUACUGGUAAAAACAUUUAGAAGCUGAGUAAGGCCUGCAGUCUAGUUCACAGUAGUGUACCAAUGUCAGUUUCCUGGUUUGGAUGUUGAGCUGUAGUCAUGUAAGAUGUUACCACUGGGGCAAACUGGACAAAGGGUGCACUGGACUCUUAACAUUUUUGCAACUUCCUGUGAAUCUAUACUUUUUCAAAGUUAAACAUUUUUUUAAACAGUAAUGUAUCUUAAUUAUAUAAAAUUGAGAAAAUGCAGAUAAGCAAAUAAGAAAAAAAUUACCCAUAUUCACAUCCUCUUGAGAGAAUUACUAAUAAUAUUUUUGUAUAUAUCCUUCCAAUGUUUUUGACAGAUAGAUUUUGAUUUUUGUUGUGGCUGUUUUUACCCAUAGGAUUAUGUUUUGUAACAGGGACAGCAGAUAUAUUUAUUCUUCUUACCUAUUAAUAUUGUAGUAUUAUGGAGACAGUUUAUUUUAUUUUAUAAUUAUGUAUUCAUUGAAAUUAAAGUAUUUGCUUCUAAUUUAUUUUCUUUCUUUUUGU